AUGUACCUCAUCACUGUAUUUGGAAACUUGCUUAUCAUCCUGGUUAUCAUUUUAUGCUCCCAUCUCCACACCCCCAUGUACUUCUUUCUCUCCAACCUGUCCUUUGUAGACAUCUGUUUUGCCUCCACCAGGGUCCCAAAGAUGCUGGUGAAUAUCCAGGCACAGAGCAAAGUCAUCACCUAUGCAGGCUGCAUCACCCAGAUGUACUUUUUCAUACAUUUUGUAGGAUUGGACAGCUUCCUCCUGACUGUGAUGGCCUAUGACCGGUUUGUGGCCAUCUGUCACCCCCUGUACUACACGGUCAUCAUGAACCCUCAACUCUGUGGAUUGCUGGUUCUGGUAUCCUGGCUCUCACUUGUCUCCUUGUUUUACUGUACAAGCCUAGGAGUGUACCUUAGCUCGGCUGCAUCCCACAACUCACACUCAGGUGCAAUAGCCUCAGUGAUGUACACUGUGGUCACCCCCAUGCUGAACCCCUUCAUCUACAGCCUGAGGAAUAAGGACAUAAAGAGGGCUCCGAAGAAUUCUUUGGGAGGGAAACUAGAAAAGGGCCAGUUGUCCUAG